AUGGCACGUCUCUCUCGCUUCGUGCUCGCCCUGAGCAUCGUUCUCCCCACUGCGUUGGGCAACCCUCUGCACACCACGAACGAGCUUGCCGCAAGCGUGGUCGCAAUCUCGAAUGAGACACAUGCAGUCUCCGUGGCCGACACCGAGGACGUGUUCAAGCAGCGCUGCGUACCCUGCCGCUCUAGAUGUGGCGAAUAUCAUAUCGAGUAUUGCAAUAUUUACAGGCACUGGCGCCGAUUGGGUCGCUGCAACGAGUGCGUCAUGUCUGAAGGCAUUGCGCAAUGCAUGGACGACCAAUACCUGGACUACGAGGAGCUCGAGCCUGCUGCCGAAGCCGAGGAUGCCGAGGAUGACGAUGAUGACCCGAGGUGCACGCCCGGUGUGUUUAAUUGCAAAGGAGAUACGGUUUGGGCAUGCAAAGACUCGGGUCGCUGGACCAGGUUGUGCACCCAUUGCAAAGACUGCAAACUCAGCUCCGAGUUUGACGGUGCCGGUCCAUUCCCGUUCUGGUGCAAAUACACUGGCCCCGGCGAGGCCAUCUUCGGUCUGGUUGGAUAA